CGCUACCAGCUACUCUCAUCCAGCUGUGGUUCCGACAACUUCACAAGGCUACUUUGACUUCCAACAAGGAUAUGCAUUCAGCACCUACCAAGACCCUUACUCAAACUUACAAGCUACCCAUCAAAACCACCGUUCUCAGUCCUCAUACACAAGCAUUCCUCUGGAUGCUACGUCGUACAACCAGCCAGUGUCUGGGCAAUUGCAAGGGACGUUCGUCAACCAAGAUACCCACUCCUUCGCGCACUGUGCGACACCCCCUGCGGGCCUAGCAUUCUCCUCGCAUUCGCAUGCCUACGACCAACGCAUGUUGCUGCCGCCUGUCCCGGAUGGUGGCAUCAGUAGAAUUACAGCUAUGCAACGCCCACCACCGAGAACCCCGGUUGCAACACACUUCUUGCCACCAUUGGUUGGGUUAGGGGGUGGUGGGUCCUCGGAAAUGCCAGGUGAGCGCGAUUGGGCUGUGUACGAUGCCGUGCCCAGUACCCCCGACAUCGCCACAUAUCCUUGCAUGUGGUCUUCACAUGGCCACCAGUGUGGUCAUCACAUAGAAGGAGAAAAGAACAGAAUUGCUCAACACCUGCGCGAUUUUCAUAACUUCGUGUGUGACGAAAAACAGAUGACGUGUCUCUGGGAUCAAUGCGAUACGCUACUACAGCGGCGGAAUGUUGCGAGGCACAUAGUCACCUACCACCUCGGGGUUAAAGUACUCUGCAAACAUUGCGGCAUUCCACUUUCCAGACAAGAUGCUAAGAGGAAGCACCAGAAAUCGUGCGCAUCAGCGCCGAAAGCAGGUGCGGCGGUACAUCCCUCCAAUUAGUCUCCUAUCCUACGUACCUUUCGUGGUCUUCUGGGCUUCAGUUUCUUUCUUUCUUUCUUUUGAUAAAUACCGACACCUGCCGAACAUGGAUUGCUUGUGAUCGAUAGACUGUAGAUAUGA